UGCCCCUCCCGGCACUGGCCGUCACCAUCGCCCCUGGAGACGGACACAGCUGAGCUGGGGCCAGGAGCCGGCCCGGGAGAGGAGCAGAGAGCGGCGGCUGCCGGCGGGUCUGGCCACAACGUGGCUGCGCGCUCGCUGCUCCCCGUCAGCAGCCCCCAGCCCCGGCGGGCACCGCGAUGCUGCUGGAGGGCUGAGGCGGUGGCGGCUGCUCCAGUCCCGGGCCGGCCGGCAGGGACGCGCUCCUGGGGCGGCUGCUUCUCCAGCCCCCGGGACAUGCUGCUGCUGGGACUGGAGCCGAGGAGAGCAGGGCAAGUCACCGCCCCGGCAGGCGCGGAGAAGAGGCGGCCGCGGCGCCCCCCGGCCCAUCCUGGGCCAUUUGGGCUUUGCAGAAUCCGAGUGCGGGCAGUUGCCGGGGGCAGGUGGAGCCGCGCCCGCCCGGUGUGUGAGGCGCUGUCUGGCCCUGGGGAGUUCGCAUGGGGGGGCAGCGGAAGGAGCUUCCAACCCCCCCGGCCUUGCUGAAGACUUUUGCAGGAUGCCCAGGGAGGAGUUGUCCCUUAGUGUUUAGUUCACCAUCUUUAUAGCAACUGGAUACUCAGCUUGCCAACAUCCAAGAAGUACCCGCACGCCUGCAUCCCCUAGGAUCAUUCUGUUGCAUUGGGACUGCUGAGCUGAAUACAUUUCUUGUUCAUUAGCGGUGGCGUUAAUUAAACGCGCUGCUUCUCCCCCUUCUGGAGCUUGGGGUCGCCUUUAUCUAUCGUUCCCAUUUCCCCCAGACAUCAAAGCAGUGAUGGGUUGUUUCUGUGCUGUCCCCGAGGAAUUUUAUUGUGAGGUUUUGCUUCUGGAUGAAUCCAAGUUGACCCUAACCACCCAACAGCAGGGGAUAAAGAAAUCAACUAAAGGGUCGGUUGUCCUGGGCUACGUAUUCCGUCACUUAAACCUCGUGGAGAUAGAUUACUUUGGACUGCGUUACUGUGACAGAAGUCAUCAGACGUACUGGCUGGAUCCUGCAAAGACCCUUGCAGAACAUAAGGAAUUGAUAAACACUGGGCCACCAUAUACUCUAUAUUUUGGUGUUAAAUUCUAUGCAGAAGAUCCAUGCAAACUUAAGGAAGAAAUAACCAGGUAUCAAUUUUUUUUGCAGGUGAAGCAAGAUGUUUUGCAAGGUCGCAUGCCCUGUCCCAUCAACAUUGCAGCUCAGCUGGGAGCAUAUGCAAUUCAGUCUGAGCUGGGAGACUAUGACCCAUAUAAGCACACUGCAGGUUAUGUGUCAGAAUACCGAUUUGUUCCAGACCAGAAGGAAGAACUGGAAGAUGCAAUAGAACGGAUACACAAAACUCUGAUGGGUCAGGUUCCUGCUGAGGCAGAGCUGAAUUACUUAGGAGUGGCCAAAUCACUGGAAAUGUAUGGAGUAGAUCUCCAUCCUGUCUAUGGUGAAAACAAGUCUGAAUAUUUUUUAGGAUUAACACCUGUAGGAGUUGUUGUUUACAAGAAUAAAAAACAAGUAGGGAAGUAUUUCUGGCCUAGAAUUACAAAGGUUCAUUUCAAGGAAAUGCAGUUUGAACUUAGAGUGCUGGGAAAAGAUUGCAAUGAAACAUCCUUCUUUUUUGAAGCACGUAACAAAACCACAUGCAAACAUCUUUGGAAAUGCUGUGUAGAGCAUCAUACGUUCUUCAGAAUGCCAGAAAAUGAGUCAAACUCUCUGUCAAGAAAAUUCAGCAGGUUUGGAUCCGUAGGCUAUAAACAUCGGUACAGUGGCAGGACAGCUUUGCAGAUGAGCAGAGAACUUUCUGUCCAGCUUCCUCGGCCUGACCAAAAUGUUGAAAGAAGUCAUAGUAAGACUUAUCCAAAAAGAAUGGCACAAACGCAACAGACUGGAUCCAAAAGCAUAAAUCAGGUUACAUCAAAUAUGGAAAAUGGGGAAAAAGAAGGAACCACUAAAAUUAUUGCACCUUCCCCAGUAAAAAGCUUUAAAAAGGCAAAAAGUGAAAAUAGUCCUGAAACCCAAAGAAGUAAAAUAAGUGCACCAUGGGAGGAAAAUGGCCCCCAGAGUGGACUGUAUAAUUCUCCCAGUGACCGCAAUAAAUCACCAAAAUUUCCUUACUCUCGACGACGGAACCCAUCAGGUGGCAGUGAAAAUGAAUCUGGGCAACAAGUUAGAAGAAGGAAAGCCCAGAACAGUGGUGAAGAUUCAGAUCUAAAGCAAAGGAGAAGGUCACGAUCUCGUUGUAAUACCAGCAGUGGUAGCGAGUCAGAAAAUUCUAACCGGGAGCAUCGGAAGAAGAGAAACAGGUUACGGCAGGAGAAUGACAUGGUGGAUUCAGCUCCUCAGUGGGAAGCAGUACUGAGGCAACAAAAAGAGAAAAACCAGGCUGAUCCCAACUACAGGCGAUCCAGGCACAGAUCUCGAUCGAGAAGCCCAGAUGUACAAGCAAAGGAAGAGUUAUGGAAACAUAUUCAGAAGGAACUUGUGGAUCCAUCUGGGCUGUCUGAGGAGCAGCUGAAAGAGAUUCCGUACACCAAAAUAGAGACUCAAGGUGACCCAAUCCGCAUUAGACAUUCACAUUCCCCCCGAAGCUACCGGCAGUACCGGCGGUCCCAGUGUUCUGAUGGCGAGAGAUCUGUUCUGUCUGAAGUGAAUGCAAAAACAGACCUUGUGCCUCCAUUGCCUGUGACUCGUUCCUCAGAUGCUCAGGGUCCCAGCAUUCCAGCUUCACAACAGAGGCGAAAUGGGUCCAAAGAUAGCCUGAUAGAAGAAAACUCUCAGAUAUCCACUAACAGCCUGGAUGGAAAACACAGUGCAAAGACAAUAAAAACUGUACAUGCAUCACGCCUCAAGAUAGAGACUUGAUUGCCAUAACUGAGGAUGGUGUAUGGAUUCUGUUCCUUUGAAAUUGGGAAUUACACAACAGUUCAGAUACUCUUUAGCUGGAAAAUGUUUCUUUGGCAUAAGAAAAGAAGAAAAAUGUAAACUGGAGUGGUGGUAAUUUUCUUAAAUUUAAAACUCCAACCUGCUUGCUCUGAAGGGCAAUCACUGUUUUCAUCACUGGUUACAGUUGCUUACGUGAUUGCAAAGAAGUUGACUGGUUAGACAGUUGGAAGGGAAAGUGUUACUACAAUUCAACAAUUGCCAGAUACUGUAUUUUCAAAAGAGGAACAGAGGAAUUGUCAUGACAGAUCAGACCUUGGUCUAAUUCAUUCAAUUGGCUGUUUCCAAGAGGCCAAGACCAGAUGUUUCAGAGGAAGCGGUAAAACCCUCAUAAUACACUUGGCCAAUUGUGCAAUACUAUAUAAUAGUGAGGAAAUGUCUUCCUGACUCCAUAUGAUGAUCAGUUUAUACGCUGAAGCAUAAUAGCUCUUAUGUUUAUUUUAGCCUAAUGCAACUGCAGACACUGUUCUUGUUCAUACAAAUGUUGAGUCCAUGUUUAGAUAAUUGCCACAAUCGUAUCUUGUGGCAUUGAGUGUCAUGUAAAAAUGGAUUUCCUUUCACCAAUUUUAAAUGCGUUGCCUUUUAAUUUUAAAUAUCUUAUUGUAUUGUGACAGUACUUGAUUAGCCUUCUCUGUACUACUGAUUAUUUUAUAUACCCCUACCACAUCUCUUAAUUUUGUCCAUUGAAAACUACAGUGAAAAAUGUCUUGAAUGGCCCAGGGGCCAGUGUAAUAAGACUGCCUAGUACACACAGACUAUAAAUGCUGGCUGGACAAAAUUGUACUAUAAACCUUGGAAACAGUUCAAAGUGGCUACUUAAGAUGGGUUGGCUAACAGUUGGUUCUUUGGUGCAGGCUUCAUUGAUCUAGUCUUUUUAAGCUCUUCUCAUAUGAAAUCCCCCAAUAAUUCUAAUCAUUUGUAGUGUCCUUCUCUGGACCGUUUCUUCUGCUCACUCAUUUCUGAGAUAAGAUGACCAAAACUGAUUGCAAUAUGCAAAGUGAAGACAAUAUCAUUGAA